AUGGCGGAUCCAGUUUCACGACGUGGCGCAAGAAUUCGCAAACCCACACCUAAACUAGCUGCUGCUACUUCUGCGUUACCAAUAUCCGCUUCAUCAACACGCCGAAAGUUACAACCUGAUCGGCAACCUGCAUUUGAAUAUCAGAUUUCAGCUGAUUUGCUGAAAUCCUUACUGCACGGAACAGUAAUCGGACCACCACCAGCUGCGAAAGCUGCAUUAGUUUCAGCCUUAUGCCUCCAAGCUGUGUCAGGCAAGAGUUUUGAAAACAGCAUCAUUUCACCAGCUGAAGUAUCCUACCGAGUGAAUCCAGAAUGUCAAAACAAUGCAGACACUUCUGGCCAUGAACCUGUAGAAACAGAAACGAAUGUUCCGGAAAUUGAAUCCCAAAUUGGUCAUAAAAUUCCUUUUGAUUUGUUCGGAGCGCUCCUAGAUGGAACGGUCAUCAGACCAGAAAUACUAACUAGAACUGAGCAAACUGCAGUGGGUAUAACAGCUGAUCAAGCUACACCAUUAGCUUCUGCUUUUCCAACGGUUAAGCAAUCUGGCUUUUAUGUAGAAAACGUUGACCUGACCUUAGCUUCUACAUCGAAUCCUGUUGCUUCACCUUCCCAGUUGGUACUAGAAUCAGCUGCAUCGAUCUCUAGUGACACGGAUAGUAAUAUCGGCCCGGAAAAUCCGGAAGAAACACCAAACUCAUCGAACCCACAGGCAUUUUCCGGUUACCACUUUUCACCAGAAGUGCUAAAAAGGCUACUGAGUGGGACCGUUAUCGGAACUAAGAUUCUUUCCAACGCUGAAGCUGUAGAGCUCACGGAAGCUAGCAGGAAGCUUGUCACAGACGUCAUUGCCCGGUAUCACCUGGAAAUUAACCGAAAAUCUUCUUUUGAAGUAUUGGAUGAGUACGCUGAAGUUAUCAUCAAGAUAUUCAAGAAGGAAAAGAAGAGUACAUAUUGCUCACAUAGAAAGCACCGCAAUCCAGGGGGAAAGUUAUACAGCCGUAUCAAUUACAUCAGGCAAUCAGAAAGAAAGAGGAUAAAAGAAGAGGACGAUCAUGUUAAAGGGAUUAAGCAACCGGACACUAACACGCGAGUAGCAAAUCCGGAAGCUUUGAAUGCUAUUUCCUGGUUGCAACUGAACAGAUCUCCUUGGUCAAGUGUGCUCGUGCAAUGGGAAAUCUCCUUUCCAGAGAGAUGCCGUGAUCUGAAAAAUUCAAAUAAGUUUUCUUCGGUUUUGGAAUCUUAUCCUCACUUGUCUGACGAAACGGGUUAUCAACUGCUGGAUAUUGAUUUUCGCUUAUUGGGAUACGGAGACCCAGCUGUCGGCGAAAGGAAGUGGAGAACAUUGAUAGAUGACAUCGCGUUGUAUAUUGCGAAGCACGCUAAGGAUCCAUCAGCAAAAGAGUUGCUACAAAUACUACGCAAUCCGGAUUACGGAAUAGAUGUUCGUCUAUGCGUUACGCUUCUUGGAUUGAAUACGGUGCUUAUACCUGUAAAAGCAGCAAAAGGGUUCAAACCGACUGUGGCCACAGCGCAAAAUGAAACGUUUUGGCUUUGCCUGGAUGGAAAUGCAGCCCAAUCUAAACUAGAAGCUGAGCGAUCUCUAUGGAAUAAGCAAGCAGAGCCGGAAAUUCCAAAGCUGAUCGUGUUUGGAGCUAGCCUCGAAACAGUAUCGCCAACUUGCUUCUUCGUGUAUGGAGUGAAUGCAGAUUAUACGUACGUCAACGUGACUAAACUUACGGAAUAUCUCGACAAAAAGCAAACAUGUUAA